GAAUGGCAAAAAGAGUAAAUUUGGUUUCCUAUUGGGAAAAAUAAACUAAACACGGCUUCAAGGUCUGAGGUUUAGUAUCAGAACCAGAAGUUGAGUAGAUCAAGAAAGAAGAUGGGGAUCAGAUUCAUAUUGAUGGUCAACAAACAAGGCCAGACCCGUCUCGCCCAAUACUACGAAUGGCUCACCCUCGAAGAACGACGCGCUCUUGAGGGGGAAAUUGUUCGCAAAUGUCUCGCUCGCACCGAGCAACAGUGUUCUUUUGUCGAGCAUCGCAACUAUAAAAUCGUGUACAGGCGCUAUGCAUCGCUGUUUUUCUUAGUCGGAGUUGACAAUGAUGAAAAUGAGCUAGCAAUUUUGGAAUUCAUACACUUGUUAGUAGAAACCAUGGAUCGUCAUUUUGGCAAUGUGUGUGAGUUAGACAUCAUGUUCCAUUUAGAGAAAGCACAUUUCAUGCUGGAAGAAAUGGUAAUGAACGGAUGUAUUGUAGAGACAAGCAAGUCAAACAUUCUGUCACCAAUACAGCUGAUGGACAAAUCAUCCUGAAUAGUUUUGUGCAGUUGGUUUUUGUACGAGUUUCAUGAUGUUUUUGCGGCUUGUUUAUGUUUUCUAUUGUACAAUAAAGUUUAAACAAUAUCAGAUCUUUCAUAAGUUAACAUUCAUUAGUUGAUUGUUUGAUUCAUUAUUGAUUAAGUUGAUGGAUAAUAAACAAUCAGCUAAAUACUUUA